GGAUUAGCAGAUCUGAGAGCAGCUCUGAGAGGAGAGCUUGGUGAGUGUAAAGGAGCACAGUCAGCGGGCCGGGUUUAUCUGAGUAACUGAGAGCAGUUCAGCUCCCUCUGUGUGUGCAGUGCUCAGCUCAGCUGAUCAGGAGUUAAAGCGGAGGACCCCUCAAUGGCGCCUCGCAGUGAGACCGGGAUAAUGAAGAUCCUCUGGCUGCUGCUAAUCCUGACUCAGUUUCAUCAUGCUCAUUCAGCUUCUAAAGGAGUCACUGCCAGUCUGAAGGCCAAGUGGCCUCAAACACCACUCCUGCUGGAGACGAGUGAGUUCAUCUGUGAAAGUGGUGAAGAAAAGUUCUGGCCAUUUGUCGACACUGUGAGGGAGCUAGCGGUGUACAAGCACGGAGAAUCCGUCCGGUCCUACUAUAACCUGAUCGUUAAGAAGGCCGGACAGUUCCUGACUGAUCUUCAGGUCAGCCUGCUGAAGCUCUCCCUGUCCCUCAGAGCAUACUCACCCACUGUACACACAUUCCUACAGAUUGCCAGUGAUGAGCCUCCACCUGAGGCUUGCUCUGCGUUCGUCUCUGUGCACGGGCAGCUCACCUGCAGCACCAAGGACAUGAAGAAGCUCCUGAAGACUGCCGCAGGCAGGCCAAAGCCAUACCUGUACAAGAACGAUCACAAAUACCCAGGAGCGAACGGGACUGAUCUUCCUGUGGUUAUUCUCUACGCUGAGAUCGGAACCAAGAAGUUCAACACAUUCCAUAAGGUUCUUUCUGAGAGGGCUGAAGAGGGGAAGCUGAUCUAUGUGCUCCGUCAUUAUGUGGCUGAGCCAAAGAAGCAGAACAUACUUCUGUCUGGGUAUGGAGUAGAGCUGGCUAUUAAAAGUACGGAGUACAAAGCUGUGGAUGACACUCAGGUUAAAGAUUCAAAAUCAUCCACAACCGAUGAAGAAGAUGACACAGAUGAAGUCCAGGGCUUUUUGUUUGGGAAGCUGAAGAAAUCGUAUCCAGAUCUGCAGGGGCAGUUAGGAGACCUGAGGAGGCACCUGCUGGAAAGCACCAACGACAUGGCACCUCUGAAAGUGUGGGAGCUGCAAGACCUGAGUUUCCAGGCAGCAGCUCGGAUCAUGUCCGUGCCAAAGUUUGAUUCUCUCAAAUUGAUGCGCGACCUGAGCCAAAACUUCCCCAGCAGAGCGAGAUCACUGACGAGAGUGGCUGUAAACCUGGAGAUGAGGAAGGAAAUUGAGGAGAACCAGAAGCGCCUGAGUGAGAGUAUGGGGAUUCACCCUGGAGAUUCCAGUCUCUUCAUUAAUGGAAUACACAUUGAUCUGGACCUUCACAACGCGUUCAGCAUACUUGACAUUAUCAGAGGUGAGGCUAAGCUGCUGGAGGGGCUUCAUAACCUGGGCAUCAGGGGAACCAGCAUGAGCAAGUUCUUGCGGAUGCCUGUGACCACUGUGGAGGAGAGUUACGCUCUGGAUAUCAGGCACUCUGCUAUAAUGUGGAUUAAUGAUAUUGAGAGUGACUCCACAUACAGGACCUGGCCCUCAAGCCUGCAGGAGCUGCUCAGAGCUACGUUUCCUGGUGUGAUUCGACAAAUUCGCCGGAACUUCUUUAAUCUGGUUCUGUUUUUCGAUCCAGCCCAGGAGGAAAGCAUAGAGCUGGUAAAACUGGCUGAGCUUUUUUACAAGCAUAAGAUUCCCCUGAGGAUUGGGUUUGUCUUUGUCGUAAACACAGAAGACAAAGUGAAUGGAUUUGAGGAUGCUGGAGUUGCUUUCUUCAGACUGUGGAACUACAUCGCUGAAGAGUAUGAUGUAACCCAGGCUUUCUUAUCAAUGGUGACUAUGUACAACAGAGUGGAUGUUGGAGAUUCUUUAUCAGUGGAGACAGUGACUGCGUAUCUGAAGAAGAAGUUUCCAAAAGCUAACACUGCCAAAAUACUCGGGGUGGAAUCCAGCUAUGAUGACAAGCGAAAGGCCGGUGCAGUGUUCUACAGGAAGAGUGGUCUGGGAGCACUUCCUGUGGCUCUGUUUAAUGGGAUUCCCCUCAGCAGUGAAGAGAUGGACCCGGACGAGCUGGAGACCAUUCUGCUGCAGCGCAUCAUGGACACCACCAACUUCUUCCAGAGGGCCGUCUUCAUGGGUCAGAUUUCUGAGGGCCUGGAUGUGGUGGAUUUCCUGAUGGAACAGUCUAAUGUUGUUCCACGCAUAAACCCUGUGAUUCUGAGCCCAGAGAGGAGAUACCUGGACUUCACUGCCUCUCCAGUUGCUGAUGACUGGGAUGACUCAAUGAUGUUCUCCUUCCUGGACUCCAAGGACAAGACGGCAGUUGUUUCCAAGAGAAUGAAGUAUUUAACCAAGCACGAAGAGGAGAUGGUGUACGGAGUGACCAUUUGGAUUAUUGCGGAUAUUGAGCAGGCCCCCGGGAGGCAGAUGUUGCUGAAUGCCUUGAAACAUAUGAAGUCCAGCAGUUCCAAUAGCCGCGUCGGUGUGAUUAAUAACCCCGGUGGAACUCCCUCUGAAGACAACAGCAGCCUAUACAAAGCUAUCUGGGCCUCCUUCCUCACCCAGACCUCCAAAAACACCCUCGACUUCACCCUCAAACUCCUUAAAGAGGACACUGUCCAGCUCAUCACACAUGACACCAAGAUUAAAGAUCUGCUCUUGCAGGGAAUGGACCAGGAUGCCUUUGAGAAGAAGUUCAACACUCUGGACGUGGACUUUCUGCGCAGCCAGCAGCGUUUCUGUCAGGAGGUGCUGAAACUCAAGGCGGGACAAAGAGCUGUGGUCAGCAACGGCAGGAUCCUGGGUCCAUUCACAGAAGAUGAGGAGUUCAGUGCAGACGAUUUCCACCUCUUGGAGAAGAUCACACUGAGCACAUCUGCUGAGAAGAUCAAAGCUAAAGUCAAACUAAUGAAUUUGGCUCCCAGAAAGAGUAGUGAUCUCAUUAUGAAAGUGGAUGCUCUGCUCUCGGCCGCUCCCAAAGGAGAGGCCCGGAAGGACAUCAAAUUUGUAAAAGAUAAACACAGUGUUUUGCAUCUUGCUGCACGGGAAGACGAGGUCUUCUAUGAUGUAGUUGCAAUUGUGGACCCCCUAACAAGAGAUGCUCAGAAGUUGGCUCCGCUGUUGAGUGUGCUUGGUCAAGUGGUCAAUAUGAGAGUGCAGGUGUUUACGAACUGCAGAGCCAAGCUGUCUGAGAUGCCCCUGAAGAGUUUCUAUCGUUUUGUGAUGGAGGCAGAGGUGUCUUUUCUUGGCAAUGAUACGAUGUCCACAGGCCCAGUGGCUCGCUUUACUGAAAUCCCAGAAUCCCCUCUGCUCACGCUCAACAUGAUCACACCCGAGAGCUGGAUGGUGGAAGCAGUUAGGAGCCCACAUGACCUGGACAACAUUCACCUACAGGAGGUCAGUGGGGUGGUGAAUGCUGAAUAUGAGUUGGAGUAUUUGCUUCUGGAGGGACACUGUUUUGAUAUGUCCACUGGUCAGCCUCCCCGAGGCCUGCAGUUCACACUGGGCAUGAAACAGGACCCUCUCAUGCAGGACACCAUCGUCAUGGCCAACCUGGGUUAUUUCCAGCUGAAGGCCAACCCAGGUGCCUGGAUCCUUAGGCUGCGGAAGGGCCGGUCUGAGGACAUCUAUCAAAUACAAGCGCAUGAUGGAACAGACUCUCCUGCAGACGCUGAAGACGUCAUAGUGGUGCUCAAUAGCUUCCACAGCAAGAUCAUCAAAGUUCGAGUUCAGAAGAAGCCUGACAAACUUAACGAAGAUCUUCUCAGCGAAGCUACAGAAAGCAAAGGCCUGUGGGAUUCCAUAACAAGUGUGUGGAGUACUUUGGAGAAAAGUCUAACAGGCAGCUCCAGCGUGGAGGAAGGGGACAAGAAAAAGGAGGAUGUGCUCAACAUCUUUUCAGUGGCCUCUGGGCAUCUGUAUGAGCGCUUUCUGAGAAUAAUGAUGCUGUCUGUCCUGCGGCACACUAAAACCCCUGUCAAGUUCUGGUUCCUGAAGAACUACCUCUCACCCUCCUUUAAGGAAACUAUUCCCCACAUGGCUGAGGCCUAUGGGUUCCAGUAUGAAUUGGUGCAGUAUAAGUGGCCCCGCUGGCUGCAUCAGCAGACGGAGAAGCAGCGCAUAAUCUGGGGCCACAAGAUCCUCUUCCUAGACGUACUGUUCCCUUUAGCUGUGGAUAAGAUCAUCUUCGUCGAUGCAGAUCAGAUUGUCAGGGCAGAUUUGAAAGAGCUGAGGGAGCUGGACCUGGAAGGCGCCCCUUACGGGUACACGCCGUUCUGCGACAGCCGGAGAGAAAUGGAGGGCUACCGUUUCUGGAAGACUGGAUACUGGGCCUCACAUCUUGCUCAUAGGAAGUAUCACAUCAGUGCACUGUAUGUAGUGGAUUUGAAGAAGUUUAGGAAGAUUGCAGCAGGUGACCGUCUUCGUGGACAAUACCAAGCCCUAAGCCAAGAUCCCAACAGCCUUUCUAAUCUGGACCAGGACCUUCCCAAUAACAUGAUCCACCAAGUGGCGAUAAAGUCCCUUCCUCAGGAGUGGCUGUGGUGCGAGACCUGGUGUGAUGAUUCAUCCAAACCCACUGCCAAGACAAUCGACCUGUGUAACAACCCCAAGACCAAAGAGCCCAAGCUGAGCGCGGCCGUCCGCAUCGUGCCCGAGUGGACCAGCUACGACAGCGAGAUCAAACAGCUGCUGAAACGGGUACAGGAACAGAAACCGGAGGCGUCCAACACAGGACCAUCACAAACACAGACAAAACAUACAGGGAAUCAGAGGGACGAACUCUAGCACCUUCCUGAUAGAAGACGGACAUGUUUGCACCUCAUCCUUCAGUGCGGCCUGAACUCUGCUGCUGCACGGACACGAGCAUUUCCCAUUAAACUACUCUACCAGACAGUAUUAAACUGAAAUCUCAGCUUCACGAAGAGCGUGAGGAGACAGGAACACUGAACAAAACACGAUUUUUAAGCAGAUGUGAAGAUAUAUUUCUAUUUAUGGAUGGUGAUGAGAGGCGCCUUGAUUUAAACAACUUGUUUUGGUACAAUAAGUGGAAUUUUCCAUUAAACCAAACUCACGUGACAUACAGAAGAAUUUCCAGCAGUGUGAUUCAGACUAUGACCAUGGCGUAUGAUUGUCGUCAUCAUUAUCGUCAUCAUCAUGUGAAAA